AUGGCGGAGAAGACUCUCGACCAGGCCAAGCUCAAGGCCUUCGAAAACGCGGCGGCGGGCCACGAUGGCGUCUUAUCUGACGAGUCCGGCGAGAUGAUCAUCAAGCCAUGCACCGACCACGAGAUCGCUUUCUACCAGGAAAGUCUGCACCACCACCCCAAGUUCUACGAGUUGAUGCCGCUCUUCAUGGGCACCCUCCAGCUCGGCGCUCCCGCCAACGUGCCCGACGUCACAGCUCCGUCAGAGCCAGCCGACCUCACCCAAGACCAAAAAGACAAGCAACUGCUGCACGGCCAAAAGAUCGCAACGGAAACCGCCAUUGUGCUGGAGAAUCUGGAGCAUGGCUUCAAGAAACCGAAUGUUUUGGACCUCAAGCUUGGCGCACUGCUGUACGACCCUGAGCAGACCAAGCCCGAGAAGGCAGAGCGGCUGGACAAAGUGGCGGCCGAGACGACCAGUGGCUCGCUCAACUUUCGCAUUGCGGGGAUGAAGGUUUGGAAUGGGAAAGACUACGAUGUCUAUGACAAGUUCUAUGGUCGCAAGUUCAACAAGGACAACAUCAAAGAUGGUUUCGCCACUUUCUUCAGCAGUCUCGGCGCCGCCUCUAGGCCAGACGAUGCACGUGAACUGCUGGAGACGAUUCUGGCUGAGAUCACCAAAGCACGACACAGCUUGGAGAGGUCGGAGUCGAGGAUGUACAGUGCUAGCGUUUUGAUUGUGUACGAGGGAGAUGCCGAUGCCUUGGACACUCUCAUGGGCAACCCACCCAAGACUCCACGGGUUGACGAGCGAGCACCGACCAACUUCGAGAUCAAGAAAAGCCAGGAGGAAGAAGACGAAGACGAGGAGCAGCCACCCGUCACGCACCGUGUCAAGAUGAUCGACUUCGCCCAUGCCGCCUGGACACCUGGCAAAGGCCGCGACGAGAACGUCAUCAAGGGACUCAAGAACGUCGAAGACCAGAUGGAUGUGCUGAUCGCAAGGUUCGAAUAA